AAUGGACCGUGUCACACUUCUGGUUUUCGAAACCUAGGUAACGCUAGCUUUCUGUUCUAGCAAGCUACCAUUCCAUCGCCGAUUGACUGGUUAACCAUCAACAUGGCAAAGCAUAAAACAUCUGCAAAAGCUCUUAUAAUUGAAGAUGAUGAAGUCCGAGAAGAUGGUGAUGAUAUGAAUCCCUUUUCCUUCAAAGAGUUAAUCCGCAGUAAAAACCAAGAGGAUUCAGAUGAGAAGAAGUACCCAACGCGAAAGGAGGCAUAUGGGAGCACAUUCCUGGCAGAGGGGGAAUAUACUAUGCCAGGCCUUAAGAGCUUUGAUCAAGACUUCCAGGGUUACUUUUACAUAGACCCCACACCGUUUCCUCAGUCUCUGGACAAUGAGACAAAGGAGUGGGCUGGGAGUUACCAGCCAUCAGCCAUUGAGGAGGCACAUGAAUUUAGACUGUGUGGCACUGCAGCAGCAGACAGCAGCACAUACUCGGGUCAAUCUUCCCUGUGCACUGAGGAAGAAGAGGAUACUUCCUUAUCUGUAUGGCAGGUGGAUGAAGAAUUCUCACCAAAGGCCCCCCAGUACAGGAGUGCACCAGUGAACUAUGAGGGAGAUGAUGAAACAUCCAUGGCAGAGCUCUCCUACAAGACCAAGAAGAGUAGUACAGAGAAUGGCCAUAGGGGUCAACAAAAGCUGAGGGAGGAAAAUACGCAGCUCAGGAAUAACAUUAAAUAUCUUGUGAAAAAGUCUGAGAAGGAUGAUCAAAGAAUUCGACACCUCACAGAUGAGUUGCACAAGAGAAGAGUGCAGGGGGAGAGGGAGGCUCAUGCUUUAGAGACAAUGGUCCACUCCGUAGAGCAGAACCUGCAGUUAAUGACCGUAUGCACCCGUCCCUCUUUCUCCUACUUCAUCAGUUUAUCAAGGAUUUAAGAAUAUGUUUUGUUCACUGAUCAUCUAGAAGAUGUGAAAUACUGUGCAUUCGGAAAGUAUUGAGACCCCUUGACUUUUCCCACAUUUUGUUAUGUUACAGCCUUAUUCUAAAAUUGAUUCAUUUUUUUCCCCUCCUCAAUCUACAGACAAUGCCCUAUACUGACAAAGCAUAUAUUUUUUUCAAAUGUAUUAAAAAUAAAAACAUAUGACAUUUACAUAAGUUUUCAGACCCUUUACUCAGUACUUUGUUGAAGCACCGUUGGCAGUGAUUACAGCCUUGAGUCUUCUUGGGUAUGACGCUACAAGCUUGACACACCUGUAUUUGGGGAGUUUCUCCCAUUCUUCUCUGCAGAUCUUCUCAAGCUCUGUCAGAUUGGAUGGGGAGCGUCGAUGCAUUGCUAUUAUCAGGUCUCUCCAGAGAUGUUCGAUCGGGUUCAAAUCCGGGUUCUGGCUGGGCCACUCCAAGACAUUCAGAGACGUGUUUAGGGUUGUUGUCCUGUGGCAAGGUUAACGUUCACCCCAGUCUGAGGUCCUGAGCGCUCUGGAGCAUGUUUUCAUCAAAGAUCUCUCUGUACUUUGUUCAGUUCAUCUUUCACUUGAUCCUGAUUAGUCUCCCAGUCCCUGCUGCUGAAAAACAUCCCCACAGCAUGAUGCUGUCACCACCAUGCUUCACCGUAGGGAUGGUGCCAGAUUUCCUCCAGGCGUGAUGCUUGGCAUUCAGGCCAAAGAGUUUAAUCUUGGUUUCAUCAGACCAGAUAAUCUUGUUUCUCAUAGUCUGAGAGUCUUUAGGUGCCUUUUGGCAAACUCCAAGCGGGCUGUCAUGUGCCUUUUACUGAGGAGUGACUUCCGUCUGAUUGGUAGAGAUGGUUUUCCUAGAAGGUUCUCCCAUCUCCACACAGGAACUGGGCUGGCUGCCAUGUGUUUUUUAUUAAGGAGUGGCUUCUGUCUGGCAACUCUACCAUAACGGCCUGAUUGGUGGAGUGCUGCAGAGAUGGUUGUCCUUCUGGAACGUUCUCCCAUCUCCACAGAGGAACUCUGGAGCUCUGUCAGAGUGACCAUUGGGUUUUUGGUCACCUCCCUGACCAAGACCAUUCUCCCCUGAUUGCUCAGUUUGGCCAAGUGGCCAGCUCUAGGAAUAAUCUUGGUGGUUCUAAACUUCUUCCAUUUAAGAAUGAUGGACACUGUGUUCUUGGGGAUCUUCAAUGCUGCAGACAUUUUUUGGUACUCUUCCCCAGAUCUGUGCCUAGACACAAUCCUGUCUCGGAGCUCUACGGUCAAUUCCUUCAAUCUCAUGGUUUGUUUUUUGCUCUGACAUGCACUGUCAACUGUGGGACCUUCUAUAGACCGGUAUGUGCCUUUCCAAAUCAUGUCCAAUCAAUUUAAUUUGAUAGCAAAGGGUCUCAUAAAAGGUUCUGAAUACUUAUGUACAGUUGAAGUCGGAAGUUUCUAUUUAUUUUUAUUUUUUUACCUUUAUUUAACCAGGCAAGUCAGUUAAGAACACAUUCUUAUUUUCAAUGAUGGCCUGGGAACAGUGGGUUAACUGACUGUUCAGGGGCAGAACGACAGAUUUGUACCUUGUCAGCUCGGGGGUUUGAACUCGCAACCUUCUGGUUACUAGUCCAAUACUCUAACCACUAGGCUACACCUUAGCCAAAUACGUUUAAACUCAGUUUUUCACAAUUCCUGACAUUUAAUCCUUGUAAAAAUGCCAUGUCUUAGGUCAGUUAGGAUCACCACUUAUUUUAAGAAUGUGAAAUGUCAGAAUAAUAGUAGAGUGAUUUAUUGCAGCUUUUUUUCUUUUAUCACAUUCCCAGUGGGUCAGAAGUUUACAUACUCAAUUAGUAUUUGGUAGCAUUGUCUUUAAAUUGUUUAACUUGGGUCAAACAUUUCAGGUAGCUUUCCACACGCUUCCCACAAUAAGUUUGUUGCAUUUUGGCCCAUUCCUCCUGACAGAACUGGUGUAACUGAGUCAGGUUUGUAGGCCUCCUUGCUCGCACACGCUUUUUCAGUUCUGCCCACACAUUUUCUAUAGGACUGAGGUCAGGGCUUUGUGAUGGCCACUCCAAUACCUUGACUUUGUUGUCCUUUAAGCCAUUUUGCCACAACUUUGGAAGUAUGCUUGGGGUCAUUGUCCAUUUGGAAGACUCAUUUGCGACCAAGCUUUAACUUCAUGACGGAUGUCUUGAGAUGUUGCUUCAAUAUUCUACAUAAUUUCCCGACCUCAUGAUGCCAUCUAUUUUGUGAAGUGCACCAGUCCCUCCUGCAGCAAAGCACCCCCACAACAUGAUGCUGUCACCCCCGUGCUUCAUGGUUGGGAUGGUGUUCUUCGGCUUGCAAGCAUCCCCCCUUUUCCUCCAAACAUAAUGAUGGUCAUUAUGGUCAAACAGUUCUAUUUUUGUUUCAUCAGACCAGAGGACAUUUCUCAAAAAAGUACGAUUUUUUCCCCCAUGUGCAGUUGCAAACCGUAGUCUGGCUUUUUUAUGGCGGUUUUGGAGCAGUGGCUUCUUCCUUGCUGAGCGGCCUUUCAGGUUAUGUCGAUACAGGACUCAUUUUAUUGUGGAUGUAAAUACUUUUGUACCCGUUUCCUCCAGCAUCUUCACAAGGUCAUUUGCUGUUGUUCUGGGAUUGAUUUGCAAUUUUCGCACCAAAGUACGUUCAUCUCUAGGAGACAAUGUGUUUCCUUCCUGAGUGGUUUGACGGCUGCGUGGUCCCAUGGUGUUUAUACUUGCGUACUAUUGUUUGUACAGAAGAAAGUGGUACCUUCAGGCGUUUGGAAAUUGCUCCCAAGGAUGAACCAGACUUGUGUACGUCUACAAUACUUUUUCUGGGGUCUUGGCUGAUUUCUUUUGAUUUUCCCAUGGUGUCAAGCAAAGAGGCACUGAGUUUGAAGGUAUGCCUUGAAAUACAUCCACAGGUACACCUCCAAUUGACUCAAAUGAUGUCAAUUAGCAUUUCAGAAGCUUCUAAAGCCACGCCAUCAUUUUCUGGAAUUUUCCACGCUGUUUUAAGGCAGUCAACUUAGUGUAUGUAAACUUCUGACCCACUGGAGUUGUGAUAGUGAAUUAUAAGUGAAAUCUGUCUGUAAACAAUUGCUGGAAAAAUGACUUGUGUCAUGCACAAAGUAGAUGUCCUAACUGAUUUGCAAAAACUAUAGUUUGUUAACAAGAAAUGUGUGGAUUGGUUGAAAAACGAGUGUAAAUGAUUCCAACCUAAGUGUAUGUAAACUUCUGACAACUGUAAAUAAGGUUUGUUUUUUAUUUAAUAAAUAUGCUAAAAAUUCUAAAAACCUGUUUCACUUUGUCAUUAUGGGGUAUUGUGUGUGUGUGUGUGUAGAUCGAUGAAAUACAUUUAAUCAAUUUUAGAAUAAGGCUAUAACAUGUGGAAAAAGUAAAGUGGUCUGAAUACUUUCUAAAUGCAAUGAAUAGCUCACUAAGAUUACAAGGAAAUGUCAUAAUUAGUUACUAAACAGAAGU